AUGGAGCUGAUUGAAAACAUUAAGACUGGUGAGAAGAAAGCACUAACAUCAUGGAAAAGUCCUUCGGAUCCAGCUGUUGGAAGCUUCUCAGCUGGCAUUCAUCCAUCAAACAUUCCUGAAAUUUUAGUCUGGAGCGGCAGUUGUCCAUUCUGGCGCAGUGGUCCAUGGAAUGGUCAUAUUUCUAGGCAAAGAUUAGAGAGAUUGGUUAGAGAUGGUGAGUAUUAUGAGAGAUAUGAUGAGACUGGACGGAAUUCUGGACCAUUCGCUAAGUUUCUGUUGGAAUGCGGCAUUGAUGCUAGAUAUACAAUGUCUGGCACUCCUCAACAGAAUGGGGUUGCAGAAAGGAGGAAUCGCACAUUGUUGGAUAUGUAUUGGUUGUAUGUCAUGGAGAAGGAGCCUAAAGAUAUACAAAAAUUCUCCAGCAAUGGGGCAGAUCUUGACGUCUGUGUUCCAUACUCAGCACUAGAUAAAAGUAGAUAUAUGAAAACUACUGUUACUGUUACGGUCACCAUAGGAGUAAUUUUCAUUGCACAUCAUGGUGUAGGAAGUUUGGACCAUCAAGGAGUAGAGGUGAAAAUUGGGCUGGGAGGCCCAUGGCCUGGUUCGGCCUGA